GGACUGCAAGCUCACAGGUGUCUCCCUGAGAAGAGAAGGCUGCCAUGGAUCUGGUCACAGUCCUGGUGCUCACUGUCUCCUGUCUGCUUCUCCUCUCACUCUGGAGACAAAGCUCGGGGAGAGGGAAGCUCCCCCCUGGUCCCACUCCUCUCCCAGUUAUUGGAAACAUCCUGCAGAUAGAUGUGAAGGACAUCAGUAAAUCCUUAACAAACUUCUCCAAAGUCUAUGGCCCCGUGUUCACUCUGUAUUUUGGCAUGAAGCCCACUGUGGUAGUGCAUGGCUAUGAAGCAGUAAAAGAAGUCCUGGAUGAUCUUGGAGAGGAGUUUUCCGGAAGGGGUGACUUCCCAAUUGUCGAAAGAAUGAAUAAUGGCCUUGGAAUCGUUUUCAGCAACGGAAAAAAAUGGAAGGAACUUCGGCGCUUCUCACUUAUGACACUGAGGAAUUUUGGGAUGGGGAAGAGGAGCAUUGAGGAUCGCAUUCAAGAGGAAGCGCGAUGCCUUGUGGAAGAGUUAAGAAAAACAGAUGGCUCACUCUGUGACCCCACCUUCACCCUGAGCUCGGCUCCCUCCAACGUGAUCUGCUCCGUUGUUUUCCAUAAUCGUUUUGAUUAUGAAGACAAGAAUUUUCUUAACUUGAUGGAGAAAUUAAAUGAAAACUUUAAAAUUUUCAACUCUCCGUGGAUGCAGGUCUGCAAUGCUAUUCCUAUCUUCCUCGAUUAUCUCCCAGGGAGCCACAGGAAAGCACUUAAAAAUUUUGCUGAUAUAAAAAGUUAUAUUUUGAAACGAGUGAAAGAACACCAAGAAACACUGGACAUGGACAAUCCUCGCGACUUCAUUGACUGUUUCCUGAUCAAAAUGGAACAGGAAAAGAACAACCCACAGUCCGAGUUUACUACUGAAAGUCUGAUGGCUACAGUGGCCGAUGUGUUCGUAGCUGGGUCAGAAACCACAAGUACUACCCUGAGAUAUGGACUCUUGCUCCUCUUGAAGCACACAGAGGUCAUAGCUAAAGUCCAGAAAGAGAUUGAUCAUGUGAUUGGCAGAAACAGGAGUCCCUGCAUGCAGGACAGAACCCGGAUGCCCUACACAGAUGCGACGGUGCAUGAGAUCCAGAGAUACGUGAACCUCAUCCCCAACAAUGUGCCCCAUGCAGCUACCUGUGAUGUGAAAUUCAGAAAUUACCUAAUUCCCAAGGGCACAGACUUAGUCACAUCACUGACUUCUGUGCUACAUGAUGACAAAGAAUUUCCCAACCCCCAAAUAUUUGAUCCUGGCCAUUUUCUGGAUGAGAAAGGAAACUUUAAGAAGAGUGACUACUUUAUGCCUUUCUCAACAGGAAAGCGAAUGUGCGUGGGAGAGGCUCUGGCUCGCAUGGAGCUGUUUCUGUUUCUGACCACCAUUGUACAGAAUUUCGAUCUGAAAUCACCGGUUGAUACAAAGGACAUUGAAACUACUCCAGUGGCCAGUACUUUUGGCCGCGUGCCACCUUCAUACCAGCUGUAUUUCAUUCCUCGUUAAAGAGCAGACUGGCUGUUGCUA